AGUUGAAGAAGAAGAAGAAAAUGUCGUGCAGUGAAUGUGUUUCUUUGGUGAGAAAACCCUGAAAAAUCCUCAUAAAUUCGCAUGAAAUACCAUCAAAGAUGAACAAUGAGGACGGCAGAAGACUGAGUGGUGGCUUUGAGGCGGUGUCCGCUGGUGAGGAUGCCGACAAUCCGUACAAAUUCAAGUGGUUUAUGUCGCUAACACGGCGCAAGAAGGGAAAGCAGAGCAACAAAGAGAACCAAAGUGACUUUCAGGGGCUUCCGGACACCCUAACCAGUGGACCAUCGAGGCGUGAUCAGCUGGAAGGUCCAUAUCCAGGUCCUAGUAUCUUCUACACCCUGCGAAAGAGAUUUAAGCGACGCUUCUCGAGACCCCGGAAGAGUGGCUCUUUGCCAACUUUCACAGUGGACACCCCAAGUCCAUCCCAACCGCUUCCGGAAGCGGAUCUGGAUGUACCUGUGAUACCACCAAGUGGCCAGGAAUCCCCGCCUAGUAGUCCAGGAGCUGAGAGUAUCCCUGAUCGUACGAGUAACAUUUACGUGAACAUGAACGAAGUCCGGGAUAAAGUGAUGAGCAGUGAGCGCCUAAUCCUGGCCAAAUACGGAUGGUAUUGGGGUCCAUUGUCGCGAAAUGCCGCCCAGAAGAGGUUAACAUCGCAAAUCAAUGGAUCCUUCCUGGUGCGUGACUCCCAGACCGACAAAUACCAAUUCACAUUGAGUUUCCGGAGUGCCGGCUGUACCCUCCACAGCCGCAUAGACUACAGGAAUGGAUACUGGCACAUUGAAUCCGAUCGGUACAAGACCAUUGUAGACCUAAUCGAGAGUACCAUGUCAAAGUCCAAGACUGGUGUCUUCUGCUACGUAAAGACCAGCUCUGAGAUACUGCCCCCAUUUCCCGUUCGUCUCACCACUCCCAUCAAUCGCUUCUACGAAGUGACAUCGCUCCAGCACCUCUGUCGCUUCAUCAUCCGCCAGAAGAUUGACAUGAACAACGUGGAACAACUACCGCUGCCCAGCAAGCUCAAAGACUACAUCCGGGAGAACUUCUAUGAGAAUUUGUAACAAUAUUUUACUAAUUUUAUUUCUCAAUCUAAUUUAUCCGCCUUAUCUUGGGGCUUUUUCUCCCAGGCUUAUCUUCCUGGGUAGCCCAACACCGGAAAAAGCCCACAAACUUGGCUGAGUGAAUAAACAUUUUAAACGUUA